AUGUCGACCAAACGCAGGAAGAUUGGCCAUGGGAGUGGCAUUAAGGAAGCGUCUGUACAAUUACCCAAAACGAAAUCGAAAUCAAAACCCCAGGCUAUACCCGCAACGAUCGAGCCGUCGCAACCUCCGGUAUCCGAAGCCGAAUCCGAAACUCUAGACGAUGCAUCAGGGGAAGGAAACGGGGAACCGGCUCAAAAGUCUUUUCAAGAUCUGGGUAUCGUUGACUCCCUUUGCGACGCUUGCGACCGGCUGGGCUACAAGAAACCAACACCGAUCCAACAAGAAUCAAUACCAUUAGCGCUACAGGGUCGUGACAUCAUCGGUAUUGCAGAAACGGGUAGCGGUAAAACUGCGGCGUUUGCGCUCCCCAUUCUUCAAGCGCUUCUCGACAAACCUCAACCGUUGUUCGCGCUCGUCCUCGCUCCGACAAGAGAACUUGCGGCGCAGAUUGCGCAGUCGUUCGAGGCUCUUGGGUCCCUGAUCUCACUGCGGUGCGCUUUGAUUCUUGGUGGUCUGGAUAUGGUUCAGCAGGCUAUCGCGCUCGGAAAGAAGCCCCAUGUAGUUGUCGCGACACCCGGCCGUCUGUUGGAUCACUUGGAGAAAACAAAGGGGUUUAGCUUGCGAAACCUUCGAUAUUUGGUGAUGGACGAGGCUGAUCGUCUCCUGGACAUGGACUUCGGGCCCAUUCUCGAAAAGGUCCUUAAAUUCCUCCCCCGCGAGCGACGCACAUUUCUCUUCUCCGCGACCAUGUCGAGCAAAGUUGAAAGCCUGCAGCGCGCCAGUUUGCGCGACCCCCUGAAAGUCAGCAUCUCGUCGUCCAAGUACCAGACCGUCUCGACCCUCGUGCAAAACUACCUCUUCGUGCCGCACAUGCACAAAGACACUUACCUGAUCUACCUAUGCAACGAGUUCGCCGGCCAGACAAUUAUCAUCUUCACACGCACCGUCCUCGAGACUCAGCGGAUUGCCAUCCUCCUCCGUCUCCUCGGUAUGGGCGCCAUCCCACUGCACGGUGGCCUUUCCCAGUCAUCCCGUCUCGGCGCGCUGAACAAGUUCCGCGCCGGCUCAAGGGAGAUUCUGGUGGCGACCGACGUUGCCGCCCGUGGUUUGGAUAUUCCCAAUGUUGACUGUGUCAUCAACUUUGACCUACCUCAGGAUUCUAAGACUUAUGUGCAUCGCGUGGGUCGUACUGCGCGUGCGGGCAAGUCGGGUCAUGCUAUCAGCGUUGUCACUCAAUACGAUCUCGAGAUUUGGCUGCGGAUCGAAGCCGCCCUAGGUACCAAACUUGCUGAAUAUGCCCUUGAGAAGGACGAGGUGAUGGUUUUUAAGCCGCGGGUCGAGGAGGCCCAGCGGGAGGCAAAGAACGAGAUGAAGGCCCUCAUGGAAGAUCGCGGCAAGAAGGGGUCAGUGUUGAAGGGGGGUAAAGGCCGCAAGCGGGGACCGCCAGGGUCGGGCCGUGAUAAUAUGGAUGCCGAGGAAGGCUAG